AUGGAGAAACAGGCCGCCGGAGCUCCAGGGGGGUCGGACGGAGCGGGGCCCAACAGAAAGCCGUGGGGCUCUCCGACCUCCGGAACUGCAAGUGGAGAAACCCCGGACAGGUGAGCACCAUGUUAGCCUGCUGCUCGAACUUUGACGAAUAACUGCGUAAAAUUAUGACAUUUAUGGCGUUUUCACUUUUCUGCAAACUCUAACAUCCGCUAAAAUAGUCUAGACUUAAAUCCAUAAACCAUACGGAUCAGAUCUGUCAUUCGGUGUUGAAUUUAUACAUCAAAUGGGACAUGUUUUGUAAAAAAUGUUUACUUUUAUGGCUGACUACACCGCCGCCUGUAAUAGAAAGGAGCUUCAGAUGUGGUGAUAUUUUGACUGGGGUUUGGUGUGACAGCUCGGAGGCUACACUGAUGUAAGCUAACGAUGUUCAGCGCGUUUCCAAACCACUAUUAUACUCAAUGAGACGAUAGAAAGUAUAAGUUGUAUUACAUAAAUCAAUUAAACAGACAGCUAUUCAGCCAGUUUAAGCUGAAGAAAACAAGUUAGCUUCAUGAAUGUUAGCUAAUGCAGAGCACAGUAACGAACUGCAGGCGGCGCUAAAGCUAACAGAUGUUCACAGAUGCUAACAGACUGACAGGCAAUGACUAUAACAGCAGAUAUUAAUACCAGUGAAAUACUUGUGAAAUACCAGUGAAAAUGUAAUCACAGGAGACUUUAGGAUGUCUGUCCAGAAAACAGACUUGGAGAACUGAGAGUUUGAGACAAAGUUUUAAUAUCAGUGGGAUGUUUACAGCAAACACUGGAGAAUAACUGGACCCUGUCUAAAGUCACCUGUGUGGUUUUUGUUAAAGUCAAUAAAAUCAGCUUUUCUGUUUUUGCCUUCAGUCCAUCAGGUUCUCAUGUUGAAUGGUGUAAACAGCUGAUCGCUGCCACCAUCUCCAGUCAGAUCUCAGGAACAAUUACACCUGAGCACAUCAGCAGAGAGCACAAGGUAACACACACACACACACACACACAAACACACUCAGUGUUACUGAUUGUAACAGGCAGGAGGGAGUCAGGAACAUUUCGCUGAAUGUGUGUGUGCUGCUUCAGAGUGUUUAAUGUGUGUAGUUUGCUUUUUCAGUGUGUGUUUUUGUGUGUUUGUGUGUGUCUCAGUGUAUCUCAGCUGGUGUCUGCAGCUCAGUCAGCAGCUUUCCCUCCUGCUGGUGUCUGUUUGUACCCUCAUGUCUUCAGCUCCACCAGACUGCAGGAUAAUAAUCAUAAUAUUCAUAUACUUGAUUUUUGAUGUUUUAAUAGAUACAGAGGGCUUUAAAGAGGAAACAGCGUGUAAAAAUAAGAGAAGAAUUUUACACUUAAACAGCGAGAAGCUGAAAUUUAGAAAUACUUGUGAGGUAUUCAUCCUCAUGCUGGAACAAAGAUGGCAGAAAGAGAUCCUUUUUACAGUGUUUUAUGUGAUUCAAUGCUGAACCAAUCCACUAUAACUGUGUUGGUGAAGAGUUCAGGUCAAAGUUUUAGGGUUAGUAUUAGUGUCAAUGUUUGGAUCAGUGUGAGGGUCAGUGUUAAAGUCAGUGUUAGGGUCAGUCCUGGGGUCAUAGUUGAGAUCUUUAUUCCACUAUCUCCAAAGUGAAGAGGAACUUGGAUUCAGUUUGCUCUGCUGUUCUGCAGAUCUUUGUCUCUGCAGGUCUUUGUCUCUGCAGGUCUUUGUCUCCGCAGGUCUUUGUCUCUGUGCAGAUCUCUGUCUUGCUGCAGGUCCCAGUCGCGCUACAGGUCUUUGUCUCUGCAGAGCUCUGUCCCUCUGCAGGUUUUGUCUCUGCAGAUCUCUGUCUCUCUGCAGCAGGUCUGCAGAUUACUUUUGGCCCCAUGCAUCCCUGUCUUUACCUGUGGAGCCUCCAUCUGUCUGCAGCAGCUCUGAGCUAUUAGUGUGCACAUUGACCUGCUGCUUAGAGUGUUUAUGAUUCAUCGCGCUGUUUGACAUUUUCAGAGGUUCUCACCUUCACAAUCAUAAGAUACAAGAAUAGCCUGGACUGUAGUUGCCAGAUGAGGUGUUGAUCAUGUGUUGUGUAUGUGUGUGUACUGUGUUCUUGGUGAUAUUGGUGUGUUUGACCUGCAGGUGUCCAAGAGGCUCAAUCCCAGGGUAAGAGGAGUCUCAGCUCCAUCUGAUUAUUACUGCUGAAAGCUUUUCUCUCACUCGCACACGAAACUCAGUGCUCCUCAAAGCUUGAAGUGAAAAUGAAGUGGGGAAUUUGACUCUGCAGGAGUUUGACUUUAAGGUCUGACCCAGAGAGUAAAAACCUGUCAGAGCAGAGAGCAGAGUCCUGAGAGCUGCCUCAGGUUAGAUCAUGACUGUGUGCAGUGUUUUGUGCAAACAGGAUGUGAUCAUGUGUGGGAGGUCUAUGAAACCGGUUUUCAGUCUGACUGAGGUUGAACCAUCAGAACUUCCUGAGUCAGACUGAUCUCUCUGAGCUUCUGUCUCUUCGUCUUUAUUCGAUCCCUCACUCAGUUUUCUCUGAUCUGCACCUCUGAGUUCUUUCUGUCCUUACUUCUGUUUUUGUUAUGAUCACCUGAAAAACCGUUAGAGUAGAAGUUCUGUGUAGAUCUGUACUUUGGGUUUCAUUCAGGACUUUAUUAGUAAAUACCUGCAAAGUGACAGUAACAUGUUUCUUCAGCUCUGCUUUGUUUUGGUACUGACUAUCAUUGCUGAAUUAUUACACUUCAUCAUAAAGAGGACAAAUAUGAAAUCCAUAGUCUGUAAAUAGGAGGUGAUUUGCCACCAUGAUGACAUCUGUUUUCUUUUGUCACAUAUUUUGCAUACUCUGAUACUGACACAGGGGACCUAAAUUUGGCUAGUUAGAAACAGGAAUUAUUUACCAACUAACUUUACAGGAAAGCUUAGCAACCCUAAAAACACGGAAGUGAGAAGCCUCUGCAGAGUUUCUGCAACCCCAAGUCUGGAAAAACAGCCUCUACAAGGUGAUUUCAAUUCGCUCCUGUGGUGAUGUCACAACAGGAGGGAUUUACUCGGACAAGCAUGGAAAACCCUGCCCACUGCUUGAGUAUUCAGGUGCAGUCAUAGCAAUCCUGCAGCAGUCAAGCUAACCACAGAAACACACCACCAACAUUUCAACAAACUGCUUUAGAGUGGAGCUAAAGGGUCAACCAGUGGAGCUUUCUGUGCAUACCAAGGUGGCUAACUUUCACACAUGUGCCCUGAAACAUGUACAAUCAGUUAAGAGUCACAGAGGUGGAGCCUAUCUAAGCUGUUAUUAAGUGAGAGGCUGAGUUACACCUGUAUACAUCACCUGUUAAUCAUUGGUCUUACCAACAGGGACAAUAAGCGUCUCUAAGUCUCUAAUGAACCAUUAGAGCAUGUCUAUGAGCUCUGAGAGGUUUCCUACUGCUAAGAUGAUUUUUAUCUCUCUCUCUCUUUCUCGCCUUCCUCUCUCUUCUUCUCGUCUUCCUAUCUUCUGUCUCUCUUCCUCUCUCUUCUUUCUCUCUCUCCUUCCUCUCUCCUCCUCCUCCUCCGUUGUUGCUCCCCUGCAGCAGGACUCUCUGGAUGAGGGGCUUUCUUACCAUGAAGACAGUGACUCUGAGCCUCCUGCCAAUGCUUCGGCAAGUCUCUCUAUCUGCUGCUUAUUCCUCCCCCUUCUCCUCUUCCUCUUCUUCACUGUGUUCUCCUCAGCAUGCCGCCUCCUCUUCCCCCUCCUCUCUCAGCAUCCUUCUUUCCUCGCUGUUUUUCCAGAGCGAACAGAAUCAGAAUCAUUGGAGUGCGCCUUUUUCACUUUAAUUUAAAUUCCAACCUGGAAACAUCAGAGGAACAAGCACUCUCAGUGUCUGGUGGUUAUCUGUGAGCCAUCAUUUCUGCAUGUGUAGCUGCAGGUGCAUGCUGGGAGUUGUAGUCCCUCUGACUUAUCUGUGUUCUGUGCAGGCUCUCCCAGCUCUGAGGUACGGAGCUCAGGGGAAAAUGUUCCAGAACCAGGUUCCUUUGCUGCCUGGAGAGACCAUCCAGACCACAAGUGAGCCCUCCUCACCUGUCUUUGACCCCUCUGUAUGAAUCCAUCAUGUUCCGUAUGAGGCUUUAAAACUAAACCUGUUAAUGGAUGUUGUCUGUGUUUCCAGUGAAGGAUGUGAUGUACAUCUGUCCGUUCAGCGGGCUGGUCAACGGGACUCUGACCAUCACAGACUACAAACUCUACUUCACUAGCACAGAGCGGGUACUGAACCCCUGAUCCUCCACGAUACCGUCUGAGAGCUAAAAGAACAAACAGAUUUAAUGACAGAAGAGUGUGUGAACAUGUCAGCGUGUGUUAACUCUAGUGUGUUGUUUCAGGAGUUUGUUCUGGAUGUGAAUCUCGGUGUGAUCAGCAGACAGGAAACCAUCAGUGUCCCAAACCAGGGGGAGAAUACUAAAGGCCUGGAGCUCGUCUGCAAGGUAACAAACAUAGAGACUAGAAACAAACUAUGAUCUGAGAUUUACUCUACAGGUCUUUACAACAAUCAUCCUGUUAAUAUGUCAAAAAGCUUGUAACUCAGUCAUAACUGUAAUAACUCAAGUCAUAUCUCAGCAAUUAUAUGUGGAUAUAUUGUCUGUUUCAGGACAUGAGGAGUCCACGGUUUGCCUAUAAGACGGAGGAGAAUCAUCCUGAUGUUGUGGAGCUGCUUGCCAAACACGCCUUCCCCCUCUCCCAUAACCUGGUCAGUCUGAGUUACUUCAGUAAUGCUGAUCAGAGUGUAUUAGUAUCUAUUUGCUAGUAUUAGUGUGUAUUAGUAUCUUUUUGUUUGCAUUAGUUUGUAUUUGUGUCUCUUUAUCAAGGUUAUGGUUAGCCUGUACAGUAUUUUGUAUUCAUUUCCUCUGGUUUUUACCAGGUUCAAAAUUUGCUCUCACUAAUACUAACUCUUUAGUAUUAUUAUCAUCAGACGUGAAAAUGAAUCAAUAAAAUGACAUUAAAUGUAAUAAAUUCCCUAUCCUAGUAUUUUCAGCUUAUCAUUGACUGAAAACUUUCUUGAUUAGUAAUGAAUGUGUCUUCUCCCUCUUUCAGCCUCUGUUUGCCUUCCUGUAUAAAGAACAGUUUCCUGUAGACGGCUGGAAGGUAUACGACCCUGCAGCAGAAUACAGACGGCAGGUAAACACACCUGAGAAACACAGACAACAUCACCUGUCUGUGAAACACACACACACAUAUCUCAUAUGAACUCAGAUGUUGACUGAUCCUGACUGUCCUCUCAGCACCUUCUCCAUUUUUACAAAAAAACAUUAAACACUAAGGUUAAAAGUGAUGUCAAUGGUCAGGUGACGCUGAGAGCGCCCUCUACUGGAUGAAACAGUGCUCUGCUUUAGACAGCCUGAUGCUCUGAUAAACUAAACAGCUCAUUAAAGCAGGAAGAAGAACCUCCCCCUGUAGAGACUGAACUUCAGAUAAAGAGUGUUAAUAAACUCCGGGGUCUGUUUUCAGGGUCUGCCUAACGAGAGCUGGACCAUCAGCAGACUGAACAGCAGCUACGAGCUGUGCGACACCUACCCCUCCACCCUCGUCAUCCCCACCAACAUCAGCGACGAAGACGUCAGACGGGUCGCCACCUUCAGGGCCAAACACAGGAUACCGGUCAGUCUGAGUCACAUGACCUCUGACCUCAUGCUGGUUCAUGUUGGUCCGCAGGAUCAUUAGAGAUGAUUAAAAUAUGAAGUCCUCUCACUGCACAUGUCAAACAGGGUGGCAGUUAUACUCUAGUAUUAAAAAUAUAAAACAUCUGAAUAUGUUUAAAAUGCGAGGUUGUUAAUGUAGAUAUUUCAAGGUUUUUGUAGAUGUUCAGGUCUGACCUCUGGUGCUCCUCCGACUCAGAUUAUCUAUUUACCCACUGCUCUCAAACCCAUCACUUCCUUCAUCUCUUCAUAGUGGAGGAAAGAGAGAAUUUAAAGGGACUAUUUUCAGCAGCGGAUGAAUCCACUCCUGCUCCUCUUGCAGGUUUUGUCCUGGAUCCACCCAGAGACUCAGGCCACCAUCGUUCGCUGCGGCCAGCCGUUAGUGGGCCCGUCAGACCGCCGCUGUAAGGAGGACGAACGCUUCCUGCAGAUCAUCAUGGACGCCAACGCUCAGUCUCAUAAACUCAGCAUCUUUGACGCCCGGCAGAGCAGUGUAGCGCUGACCAACAAGGUAAACUUAAAUAAAGGUGGUGUUGCUGAUUCGAUGGUGUCCAGACUGAGUUAGGGUACUUUAUACAGACCGGCUCUCAGCAGAGAACUGAAAGAGGGUUAGCUGAAGUCUUUCACCUUACCUGUUAGUGCUUCAUUUUGAGGGACUUAACCUGCAGAGUUCAGAGAUAUAAAGCAAAAUUCCAGAAAAAAAAAACUCAUAAUGAGCAGAAACAGCCUCAUGUUGAUCCUUCAAAUCAGAUUUAUUAAACUUAAGUCCCUAAAAUGUCUUUAAAGUCUGAUUUCCACCUGUGAGAGGUCUUACAGUUCCUUUGAGGAACCUCAGUUUGGUGCCCCCCUGUGGACAGAGCAGUCUUUGACAGUGAAACACUAUUAAAGUGGUUUUAAUGAUUGAUGUAUCUGAACAGCCAUCGCUCUGCUGCACACACAGAAGUUUUUGCCUCUGUUUCUCUCUUUGAAAUGUAAGCAGGAACCAUGAUUACUACAGAAACUUCCAAAAAGACAUAAAAAAAGCACAAACCUCUCACACUCACUCCUCUUGAUUUUCCUCUCGCCCCUUCUCCUGUGACUCCUCCCCUUGGCGUUGUUCAGGCAAAAGAUGGCGGCUUUGAGAGCGAGAGUUUCUACCCAAACGUUGAGCUGAACUUCCUGGAGAUCCCCAACAUCCACGUGAUCCGAGAGUCUCUGAGAAAGGUGAAGGACGUGGUUUACCCGACCAUCGAUGAAGCUCACUGGCACUCCAACAUCGACCAGACGCACUGGCUGGAGUACAUCCGGGUAAAAACAGCCUCUGAGAAAUCCUCGCCAUCAGGCUGUCAAGUCCUUUUAUCGAAGCAUUAAUAUUCUCUGUGUCUCCGGUUGAAGCUGCUAUUAGCCGGGGCUGUGAAGGUGGCUGAUAAGCUGGAGUCGGGGAAGACGUCUGUGGUGGUUCACUGCAGCGACGGCUGGGACAGGACGGCCCAGUUGACCUCACUGAGCAUGCUCAUGCUGGACAGUUACUACCGCACACUCAGAGGCUUCCAGGUCUGACUCCUUCAACACACACCUCCAUACUGUACUCUGCUGCUCCAUAAUAUGAUAUGAUAUGAUAUGAUAUGAUAUGAUAUGAUAUGAUAAACUGUCUGUGUGUUUCAUUUGCAGGUGCUGUUGGAGAAAGAAUGGAUCAGCUUUGGACACAAGUUUGCUGCAGUAAGUUAUAACAUUAUUUUUAAUUUAUGAAAUCAUUAUAUAAAAUCACAGCUCUUAUUCUUAUCCUUACAGUCUCAUCAUAGUUAGGAGUGCUUGCAGACUAUAACUUCAGUAAUUGUUUAUCAUUCAGACCUAAAAACAUGUUAAACAUACAAUCAGGUUAAAAAUGACGGAAUGUCCCUUUAAUAGUCUGAGGAAAGUGUCUUUCUCACUCUCUCUCAGCGGGUGGGUCACGGCGAUGAGAACCACGCUAACUCUGAGCGCUCGCCGCUAUUCGUCCAGUUCAUUGACUGUGUGUGGCAGAUGACCCGACAGGUACGUCCAUUUCACUCCCGUCAGUAACCUCCAUCAUGUCCUCGUCUGUCCUGGUGUGAACAGCAGAUUUUUUUCUAUCUUGCUCCAGAAAUACUAACUUUUUUUCAGGCUUUUCUUCUGUCUCAUCAAAAAAUAAAUUCUAAUUUCUUCACUAACUGAACUCAUGCAGAUGUGAUGGAGUAUUCAUAAAAGACCAGUUCAGACCAGUGUGUUUAAAAGACCCAGUAUUUCAGACUUGGAUUAGGUCUGGUUUAGGUUUUCAGGGAUUAGAUAAACAGGAGCUAAGUGUGUGUGUGUGUGUGUGUUAAUGUUGUCAGUAGUAUUAUCCUUCUCUGUCUGACUGUGUUGGACUACAGUUCCCAGCAGCCUUUGAGUUUAACGAGCUCUUCCUGGUGACGGUGUUGGAUCAUCUGUACAGCUGUCUGUUCGGGACGUUUCUCUAUAACAGCGAGCAGGAGAGGAUGGACAAGGUACCAAACACCUCUCUCUUCUUUUUUUCCAUCUAUCUUUCGCUUCUUCUUCCUCAGUUUUUCUUCUCUCUUGUUUUCCCCUCUGCUUUUUGCUUUUUUUAUUUCUUUUGUCUCUUCUUCAACCUUUCUUUCUUUCCUUCUUUCUUUCUUCAUCAUACCUUUCUAUUCAUCAUUUUACCAUUCCUUCUUUUCAUCCUCUCUUUUUUUCUUACCCGUUUUUUUCCUUUCCUUCUUUCUUUUCCACUUUCUGUCCUUUCUUUUGUUACUUCUUUUUUUAAUACAUACUUACAUACUUUUUCUCCUUUAUAGUAUUUCUCCUUAUUUGUUUUUUCUCUUUCUUCCUCUCCUUUUCAUUUUUACUUCUUUUUUCUUUACCUUCUCCUUUUCUUCGUCUUUUUUUCUUCUCCAGCUUUCUCCUUUUCCUUUCUUCAAUUGUAAUUUUCUUCCCUCUUUUUCUUUCACUUCUUCCUUUUCCCCUUUUCUUCUCCUCCUCCUUCUGUCCUCAUCUUCUCCCUUUUUCUUUCUUCCCAUUUUCUUCUUCCUCUUCUUUUUCUUCUUCCUUAAAUUCUUGUCUUUACUUUCCCUCUCCUCUUUUUCUUUUUUUUCCUUCUCCAAUUCUUCCUUUUUCUUUGUCUGUCCUGACUACUUUUUCCACCCUUUCCCUCUCUUCCUUAGCCUUUUUCUUCUCUUGUUUUCUCCUUUCUUUUCGUCCUCUCCCUGUCUUUAAGUCUCUCUUCUUCACCCCCUUUUCAUUCAUCAUCUUCCUCCUUCUUCGUGUCUUUGUUUUUGUAGUUCUUUCUGUAAAGUUUUGACUCUAUCUGUUUAAUUUCCUCUUCUUUGUCUCCUUAUAUCCUUUCCUCUCUUCUUCUGUCUUCUUUCUUUUCUUUAUCUUUGUCAUCAUAUUGUUUUUUCUUUUUCUGUGCAGGAGGUCCAGAGUCAGACGGCGUCUCUUUGGUCCUACAUCAACAGGUACUUCCUGUUUCUAACCUGCUGCUGCUGUCAGUGACUGAAUGGAGAGAAUACAGAGUGAUAAUAACCUGUUUUUCUUCAUCCUCUUCUUCCUCCUUACACUCGUUUACAGCCAGCCUGAGGACUUCACCAACCCGUUCUAUGUAGACUACCAGAACCACGUCAUCUACCCACUGGUGUCCUCCAGACAUCUGGAGCUGUGGAGCAGCUACUAUGCCCGCUGGAACCCCCGCAUGAGACCACAGGUACUCCGCAGAGAAGAGGGAGGAGGAGGAGGAGGAGGAGGAGGAGUCAGACUCUUCCACUUGUGUGCCUCUGUUUUACCUGUGUUCACAUGUUUGUGUGUUUCAGGUGCCGGUGCAUCAGAACCUGAAGGAACUGCUGAUCCUCAGGGCGGAGCUGCAGAGGAGGGUGGAGGAGCUGCAGAGGGAGGCCUCCUCCUCUCACUCCCUGUCCUCCUCCGAACACUCGCCUUCCCCCACACACACCACAGGAACUCCUUUGCACACUGCCGUCUAA